CUGGACCUCGACUGGCCACCAGUUCGUUAUUUACUCAAGUUCCGUUAUCUCUCUACUACGCAAGUUGUGCAUUUGCUUUUGAUACGUCCACAUCGCAGUUGUUUCUGCUCUUUUCUUUUCUACAUUCCAAGUUGCAAUCUGAACUUCAUCGUUCGUGUCCACACCAACCAGCCGACUUAUCCCAUACCUGUCCUUGGACUUAAUUCUCAGUUGAGAUCGACACCAUGACGAGCACAAUAAAAAACCUGGUGGAACGUCAAACGUUUUGGCAAACACUCUUCGAAUCCAAAAAAUUAUCGAGUCAGCUGAUCUCUUUGGCAACAGAUCACAUUGAUGGCGUCACUUACGAUGACCUGCCCAACUACGAACAAGUGCGUGUCGUGGUCAGACCUGCGUCCAGUCUAGGAGACAAUUUCAUGAGCGACACAUUUAUUGUUACGGCUCAAAUCAGCGGCUGUGGCACCAUUAAAAGUGAAGCUGACACUUUGAGCACCUUUGUCAAGGUGCUGCCUGCGAAUUUCUUGCUACGUCAAGCAGCUUAUCAAUCUGGCGUCCAUCAUCGCGAGAUCAAGAUGUACGAUCAUUUCUUUGGCCUCAUCGGGGAAAUGUAUGCUGAUCAACCGAUACCGUUCAAUGUUCCAGAUUGCUAGUACACCCAUGUGGAGGAGGUUGUCAAGGGCGAAACGGAUGGGUCGGGUAUUUGCAUCUUGCUCCAAGACCUCAAAGCAGAGAAUUAUCGCAUGGCCGAUAAAACGCAAGGAGCUGACUAUCGUCACUGUCACAUGGCAUUGACAUCCUUAGCUCAUUUUCACGCUCUUACUCUCAACGCGUUGAGGAAGUGGAAAGAUCCGUCCACCUGCCAACUAUCGAAUUGCCCGCCAAACGCGAAAUUUCUCCAGGAUGAGAAAACGUUUUACGAUUUUGGUAUGGCUCAACACAUUCAAAACUCUUCGAAAUCCAUGCUGGACUUUAUCCAAGAAGCCAACAGGCCCGAUCUUGUGGAAUGGUUUGCUGAAGUGCUGCAACGUAUCCACGAAGUCGUUUUGAUCGACACGGUUGAAAGUAGUGGUCCAUUAGCGUGCGUCUUGCACGGCGAUUAUUGGCUCAACAACAUGCUGUUCAAAUACGAAGAUGAUGGCGAACAGAAUUCUAUUCCAAUUGCCUUUAAAAUGAUUGAUUUUCAAGUGGCUAGAAUUGGCCAUCCUCUUAAUGAUAUUCUCUACUUCAUGUACUCGAGUGCUGCUCCGGAGACGAGAGAGAAACAUAUGCUCGUUUUACUUCGUUAUUAUUUUGAUACUUUAAUGACUAAUUUGAGGUUACUUGGCGUUUCGCUCGAUGAGUACACUUGGCAAGAUUUUUUGGACGAUUACAAGAAGAGAUCGCUGAUGUGGAUGUUGAUGGGCAUCGUUGUUAUGUCGGCUUCCCUCAACAAGACAGCUGUCAACGAUUUACAAGAGCUAGAUGCCGAGGAAAAGCUGAAGGGACCUAAACCAGGGAUCGAUACGGAAACGAUCAAAAGCGAAAGUGGAUUCAGUCUCGAACUGGAGGAAACGAUGAAAAAUAUGACGGCCAGCCAAAAGUUGAGCGAUAAUCCAAUUCUAACUGAUCGCCUUGUUAAACUCAUAUGCGAAGUCAAAGCUUUAAACUGUUCACAGAAAUAGGUUUCCUUUUUCGAGCUGAUUAU